UUGUUUCUGCAUUUUCUACUUCCUAAGAAAAAAAAUCAUAUCAAUCGGAGAUGGCGGCUUAUGCUGCUCUAGUUUCUCUUAUGCAGAUCAUCCAUCAGAUCGAGCAUCAUCCUUUCCCUCCAAUUUCUAUGGACAAAAAACAAGUUGUAUCUCUCACUGAAAUGGUCAUGUUCUUGCAAGAAUUUCUUGAAGGUUAUGAGUCUUCUUUUGCUGAUGGUGAUGAGCCAGAUCCGUUGGAAAUGCGCAUUGCAGAUGCAGUUUAUGCGGCUGAAGAUGUCAUUGAAUCUCACAUUGUGGAUCAAAUUCUUCCCGCGGCCUCUGAAGUUAAAAGGGAUUGGAUUGGGUUCUUCAAUUGCUUCCAAGGUCUAAAGGAGCCCAAAAAUAAUAGCCCAACAUCUGUAGACUUGUAUGAGAGUAUGAUGAAGGUGAUAGAAGACAUGUUUUUGAUCAAGAAAGAGGUGAUGGAGAUCAUGGCACUCAAAGAUAUUACACAGAUACACAUCUCAACAUCUUCUGCAUCCUUAACAUCUUCGAUAUAUUCUCCCUCCAACCUGACCAGCACAGUUAUGGUAGGCAUUGAUGAUGCCCUGCUUGAACUCAUGGAUAAGCUCACUGACGCACGACUCGAUUGCCAAGUCAUCCCGAUCGUAGGAAUGGCAGGAAUAGGGGUCAACUGGAAGCAUGAAGUACUUGAAAAUCCGUUAAGAGACCUUUGCUUGAGAGAAGCUCAAAAGGAGAGGUUCUAUGAUGUGGUCGGGCAACACAGUCCUCAAGGUACGUAUAGCCAACGACGUGUAGUUAUUCUACGAAGCACUCCAGAGGGGAAAGUCAUUGAUGCCAUGAAAUCUAGACCGUAUGCCCGUACAUGCAUAUGUGAUGGUGAAAGAAUUCUAUAUGUUCCCGAUUUAAGACUGUUGAGGACACUGAAAGCACACAACAAAGAUUUCUAUCCACAAGGACAUGAUUAUUCCUUGGGAAAAUUGUUUGAGUUGGUUAAUUUGAGACUUCUUAUUGUUAAAUCUGAUCGGUACCCUCAACUUCCUUCUUCAAUCAAUCUUCUCUGGAGUUUACAAACCUUAAUUGUUUGUGGUUCUAUAGGACGCCUUAAUGCACCUGUUGAAAUUUGGAACAUGCCUCAACUUAGACAUGUUCAUUUCUGGAGACGAGCAUUGCAUCUCCGUGAUACUCCCAGCGGCAGCAUUGUGAUCAUGGAGAAUCUACGAACCCUGAAAGGAGUAAAGAAUUUCAAGUGUGAUGAGACGAUGGUUCGUAGAAUUCCCAAUAUCAAGAAAUUGGGUCUAUACUAUUACAUAAAUGUGAGAACUGAGUCUCGUGAUGAUGACUAUUGUGUCUACAACAUCAAACACUUGCAGAAGCUGGAAUCUUUUCGAUGUAAAGGCUAUGCCAGGGGUGAUUUGUUGGGAAAGCUUACCUUUCCACACUCUAUCAAGAGUCUAACUCUUGAUUUCAAACAUUAUAGUAUGGAAGAUGUGUUAGAAAAAGUAAGUACAUUACCCUUCCUUCAAAAGCUCAAGUUGAAUGAUGGACGUUUCCAAACAAAAAAAUGGGAAACAGUUGAAGACACGUUCCCCAGUCUCAAAUAUUUGUUACUUGGCUCGUGUUUUGGUUUGGAAUGCUGGGUGAUGGAGAGCUCCCACUUCCCGUGCCUCGAGCACCUUUAUCUUUAUAAGAUGUCAGUGAAGGAGAUCCCUGCGGAACUUGGUGAAAUUCCAACAUUGAAAUCUGUGAUCUUGGAUGAUUGCAGCGAAUCAGUGGUGAAGAGUGCGAAGAAAAUGGUGGAUGAACAAGAGGAAUUACAAGAAGAAGAAUUACUAUCCUUUAAAGUUGAAGUUAGGCUCCGGAGGAAGAAGGAAGAGCUGCAGAAGUUGGCAAAUCCAAAUUUUCAAGUUAAUACUGACUGGUGAGAUCCCUUUGCCAGUAAUAUUUUAGGUGUCUAGUGUUGUGUAUUUUUUUCCAUGUUGUUUGAUAUAUACCGUCCAUGUGUUUUUGCUUUAUACUGUAUAAUAAACUUUAAUUAACAUUUAAAUAGAUAUGACUUGUAAUAUACUGAUAUAGAUAUGGUCAUAUCUUGUAAAUUACCACAACUAUUUCCCAUGAAAAUUUUGCCAAGCAUUCUGGUGCUUGAUAUUGCUUGGUUUUGGAAUAUUAUGUUACAAACGCACCUCCAUCGACGACAGAGGACAUUGCAGAGGCGGUAGCUGGCGAGAGUGUGGUGAACACUCCAGCCGAGAAAGAGUCGACAACGGAACCGGAGGGAGAAGAACUGUAAGUAGCGAUGCCGGAGCCGGCGGAAGCACCGACGAUAGGACGGAAGUUAAGGCCAAGGGACCAGCUCAAGCCACCCAAUUAGUAGUUAUGUUUUUGGUAUUUUUUAUUUUAAUUUUAGUAGUUAUUUUGUGAAAGGA